AUGCAGCCCAUACAGACCGCGUCUUCGCCACCACAAGAGGCCAAUAUGUCGGCCCCCGCACCCCUCCUUCGACCUCCCAUUCCAGGUGCCCGUCCUGGAGGCCAACGAGGCCCACCACGACUUGGCCUCUCGAUACCUGCGUCGCCCAAUGCACGGCCGGUGACCAAUGGCGGCGCGAAUGCCGGUAUACCGACUCUGGGCCGCCCGCAAAUGCCGCCCGCACUCACCCUCGCGACACCCAUGGGCUCUCACAGGACACCACAAGACGGCAGGCCGAACCUCCCUCCCCUGCAGAUUGGAACCAGGUUGUCGGCAGGCUCAAGUGAUGCAAGCGCACGCUCAAGAUCAGGGAGCUUUGGAGACAUGCAGGCAAAUGGCUCGGCCACAUCUUCUUACGGCCAGUUGGGCUUUCCUUCACUACAGCCCGUCAAAGAUCCCGCAUCAGCCAUCUCGUUGGCUGGCAGCGAAGGCGGGUCGUCCAUGGAGCGGGAGAACAGUAGCCAGCCUAUACCAGAUCUAGAUGCCUUGGCCACGGAAAAGGGCCGCCCGUUGGAAGUCGAUGAUCUAGACGAUGCUGGCUGGAGAGCGGCCAGCGCAAGGGGGAUGAUAGAGGAAAAGGGUAGUCUGGGCGAAGGUGCGGGUGGUGCAGUGACAAAGUGCAUAUUGAAGGGCGGAAAGACUACGUUUGCACUCAAGAUCAUCACGACCAAUCCCGACCCGGACGUCAAGAAGCAGAUUGUGCGCGAGCUGUCCUUUAACAAGAAUUGUGCUAGUGACCAUAUUUGCCGAUACUAUGGAGCCUUCAUGGAUGAUAGUACCGGGACCAUCAGCAUCGCCAUGGAGUUUUGCGAAGGCGGCUCUUUGGACGCAGUCUAUCGUGAGGUCAAGAAGCUUGGUGGUCGCACUGGCGAGAAGGUACUUGGCAAGGUAGCAGAGGGCGUCUUGAACGGUCUGACCUACCUACAUUCCCACCGCAUCAUCCACCGGGAUAUCAAGCCAAGCAACAUUUUGCUUUGUCGGAACGGCCAGGUCAAGCUGUGUGAUUUUGGUGUGUCUGGAGAGUUCGGCACAAAGGGGGAUGCCAACACCUUCAUCGGCACCUCGUACUACAUGGCGCCCGAACGCAUCACCGGACAAAGCUACACCAUCACUAGUGAUGUGUGGAGCUUGGGCGUAACUCUGCUCGAGGUUGCCCAACACCGAUUUCCCUUUCCGGCCGAUGGAACGGAAAUGAACCCACGCGCUGGUCUCAUCGACCUGCUCACUUAUAUCGUUCGCCAACCGAUACCGAAGCUCAAAGAUGAGCCUGAAAAUGGCAUCAAAUGGACGGAGAACUUCAAGUAUUUCAUCGAGUGCUGUCUGGAGAAGGAGUGUCCGCGAAGAGCGACGCCAUGGCGCAUGCUUGAACACCCUUGGAUGGUCGAAAUGAAGUCGAAAAAGGUCAACAUGGCACACUUUCUCAAACAAGUCUGGGACUGGAAGGAUUAA